GGUGGCACUGCUGGGCACAGGUGGGUGGCAUUGCUGGGUGGCACAGAUGGGUGCACUGCUGGGCACAGGUGGGCGGAACUGGUGGGCACCGAUCAUCAGGGCACUGAUCAUCAGUCUCUGAAUGAUCGGUGCCGAUCCCUGCUCUGACAACUGCCGGUUCUCGGCAGUACUUUUGUCACGCUCUGACAGCUGCCGGUUCUCCGCUGCACUUUCCUCACGAUGUCAGAUCGUGAGGAAAGUACUGCCGAGAACCGGCAGUUGU